AUGCGGAGGUGCAAGUCUAAUGCUUUUGAAUGGCAUGUGCCUGCCGAUCGAUACCACUGGAAUCGGUUAAAAUUGGCCUUACCUGAUUUGAAAGAAAUUGGCAUCGAUAAAAUAUGGAUUCCCCCGGGCUGCAAGGGAAUGGAUCCUUGUGGUAAUGGUUAUGAUAUCUAUGACAUCUAUGACCUUGGGGAGUUCGAUCAGAAAGGGUCAAUCUCAACCAAGUGGGGCACUAGACAAGACCUUGAAGAAUUGGUGCGCCAAGCGCAUUAUUUGGGCAUUGAUAUCAUUUGGGAUGCUGUACUCAACCAUAAGGCAGGGGCAGAUUUUCCAGAAAAGUUUGAGGCUAUCGAAGUAGAUCCCAAGAGACGUGAUAUUGAGCUCUCCAAACCUCUAGAGGUAAAUGGCUGGGUUGGCUUUGAAUUUAGUGGUCGUGGAGAUAUCUACAGUUCCAUGAAAUAUCAUUGGCAGCAUUUCAAUGGGGUUGACUGGGAUGACAAACGCAAGAAGCAAGCCAUUUACAAAAUCCAUGCAUCUAACAAGGAUUGGGCAACUGAUGUCUCGAUGGAAAAUGGAAACUAUGACUAUCUGAUGUUUGCUAAUCUAGAUCUUUCGCAUGCUGAAGUUCGUGAAGAUCUUCUCAAAUGGGGAACUUGGAUCACAAGUAGCUUGUCUCUCGGUGGAAUGAGAUUGGAUGCUGCUAAACAUUUCUCUGCCGGAUUUCAAAAAGACUUCGUGGAACAUAUCCGGAAAACGACCAAUUCCUAUUUCUUCGUGAUUGGGGAAUAUUGGACGGGCGAUAUCAAAGCACUCCUGAAGUACUUGGAGACCCUGGAUUAUCAAGUUGCGGCUUAUGACGUCCCUCUACUCGAAAACUUCUCAAAACUUUCACUCGCUCCGGGAGCUGACCUCCGGAGUGUUUUCAAAAACACAUUGGUCGAAAGUAAACCCGACCAUUCAGUGACCAUUGUUUCGAAUCAUGAUACUCAACCUGGACAAAUGCUGGAAACUCCAGUAGCCUCUUCAUUCAAAUUGCUAGCAUAUGCCUUGAUUUUGCUCCGUAAAGGAGGCCAUCCUUGCGUAUUCUAUGGCGACAUGUAUGGAAUACGAGCCAACGUUGAGAGCCCGAUGGUGCCAUCGUGCAAAGGCAAAAUCCCACUCCUCACCCAGGCUCGAAAGCUGUUUGCCUAUGGCGAACAAGAAGAUUAUUUCGACAAACCUAAUUGCAUCGGUCUGAGUUUUCUGUCGUCUUAUUUUCUCUUGGAACGUGGCAGAGCUAACGACGUCUCAGGAUUUGUUCGUUAUGGGAACGCCUAUCACCCCUCCGGUCUGGCAUGUAUUCUAAGUAAUGCAGGGUCGGCCAAGAAACGAAUGUUCAUUGGUCCACGAAAUACGAACCAGCAGUGGGUCGACAUUCUAGGGAACCAUGCUGCGCCUGUUGUUAUCGACAAAUGGGGUUAUGGGAUAUUCCCUGUCAACGCGAUGAGUGUUAGCGUUUGGGUUGAUUCAGCUGCUUUCGUCGGUCGGACCCUUCAGGAAAAUUUGUACGCCCCCUUUUCAAUCCCCCUAUAUCUCUAG